AUGGCUACGGGCUCGCUCUCGCCCAGUGGAGGAUCAACGAGGCAGUCGAGCGAGCCGGAGGCCGAGCGAGGGCAUUCCUUCGACAGCUGUGGUUCAACUCCCUCACAGAGGACGACAAGCGACGGAUCAGGCACAGACGUCGACAUCGGAAGGUGUGGACGCUCUUUGCCACAGUGGGGGGAAAGCCUGAGCAACGCGAACCGGGAAGCCAGAGAGUGGAGAGGACGGCGCGUGCGUGCGGCAAAAAUGCACCAUUGGACACCCGUCGAGGUGGCAAGCUGGAUCUCCCAUCUUCUCCGGAAAGCAGAGACAUCGGGGAAGCUCCCGCUCCUCUUCUCCGGGGAUGCCAAGGGUGGUACGACUAGUAUGGGAGGAGAUGACACCGGCCCAGGUGCUGUGGAAAAUCGGGUGAUCAACCCUACAGAAGAAGAUGCGCAAGAGAGCGGUACUGCAGCCAACCCUACACCGGAGGAAGGGGGGGGAGUGGUCGACUCUUCCGAUACCACCCCGGUGAAAACGGAGGGGUCGUCGUCACCAGCAGCAGCACCCCCUUGUGACCCCGCUCCCUCUCUAGCCGACGAAGUGAAGAAAUGCUCCGGUGUACUCGCUGACGCUCAAGACAGCAGUAUCGCUGGCGUGGGUCAAGCCCAAGGCGAUGAUAACUUUGACAAGAACACCGACGAUGGUGGCCAUGGGGACGUCAACAACAAAGACGACGAUGACGACGACCUUAGCAGUAGUGCCGAAAACAGCAACAACGGAUGGGCUGAAGUGGAAGCUGGCGAGCGUACGGGCUACUCCGGAGCCGCGGUGGAGCCCUUUGCCGUCAAGGAAGGGAUAAAUGGGUGCUGCAUUAUGGAGGCAAUGGAAGACGCGUUGGGACAUACGGAAGAUGCCUUGACCCGAUUCAUCAAGAGCUCGACGAGGCUGGCACGCCCUGCUGAGGUCGAGCAGAAGAGAGUAGAGCUCAUGGUGAGGGAGCUGCUGACGAUCCGGCCGUACUCGACGGCCAGCCAACUCAAGCUCAGGGCGUUAGGCGUCGUCAUCGUGCGAAGCGCUGAGGCUCCCCGAGAUCCAACCAACGACGAAAUUAACGCACAGCUGCCGUCGUUGGCAAGAGUUUUGACUGCGGGUUACCGGCGUCAGGCGGCAAUGGUCGAGCAAGGGUUAGAGUUCGCGGCUGCGAGGAUCCAGGGCCUGGCCAGGGGCAAGAAAAUCCGCAGGGUUAUAUCUUCCAUCUGGCAGCAAGCCAAUGAGUAUGCCCGGGAUAUCGUCCAGGGGGAGAGAGAGGCUAGAAUGAAGAGGGAGAAAGAGCAAAGGGCCAAAGAGAAGGAGGAAGCCUUGGAGCGGGAGAGGGAAGAGGCCAGGCGGUACCGGCUGCGGUUGGUACCACGGGCCUCCUCGGUGACCUGCAGGAGCAUGGUCGUGUCCUUGCCGCUGUUUCUUGUCGCGGCGGCCCGGGGGGCCAGAAGCCUGUCGCUUUCCGAGCUUCGCCCGUGCACCACGUACCGCCUGGCGCUAGCGAUACCGCCAGUCAUUCGGAACGAGCUCCUCGAAUCUGCAAGGUCGCUAGGAGUUACGGAGGCCAUCCGCUCCCUCGAGACACCGACGGAAUCUGAGACAAAAGACAACAACGGUGGCAGCGACGGUGUUAGUGGCGGGGAUGGUGACGUAGGUGCAGCUUCCACCUCAGGGCACUUGGACGUGGAGACCCUCCCUGAUGUCCCCGGCGAGGUGCCACUAUUGAAGUGCAAGGUUCUCACGUCGGCCUCCGCCGUCGAUCCGCGCGAUCCGUCAGGCGUCCUUUCGUUGCGGCGGUGGCAGUCACCGUACCCUGCUAUUGCAAACAUGGACGGUCCUGUACCCGAAGACUUCGUCGUCCUUGCCCCGGGUCGCCCUGAACCCGUAGUUUCCCUCCAAUGGCAGGGACCCGAGAAUAAUGGGCUCGAUAUCUGCAGCUAUACCGUCGAGAGAAGGAUUGGGCGUACAGGAGCUUGGCAAAAAGUUCGUUCGCGAGGCGGCACCUGGAGGCGUGGAGAUGGAGGUGGAGAAGACGGAAGGCAACCACUGACUUUCGACGAGGUGGACGCUCCACUGAGGACCAUCUCCGUCGACACCCUGAGGGCGGUCGCCGUCAACGGGCUUGCGCUUUCCUACAGGUAG